CUGUCGUGAAAGCGCGCAGUGUGCAGUGAAGCGCCCGCCUCUGCCAGCACCACCACGGAUGACGUUCAACAACAAAGAUGGCAGGAGGAAACAGCAACUAUUGGGAAGACUUGCGGAAGCAGGCGAGGCAGUUGGAGAAUGAGCUGGACCUGAAGCUGGUGUCCUUCAGUAAACUCUGCACCAGUUACAACAGUGCUCGGGAUGGCCGCAGAGGAGACAGUUCUGAUACAACACCUCUCAUUUGCAACUCCACUCAGGACAGAAUGAUUGAGACCAUGUCAGUGGAGAUUGAGCAGCUACUUGCAAAACUUACAGGGGUGAAUGACAAGCUGGCUGAGUACACGAGCACGCCAGGAGUAACGUCUCUUAACGCUGCUCUAAUGCACACUCUCCAGAGGCACAGAGAUAUCCUUCAAGACUACACGCAUGAAUUUCAUAAAACCAAAUCAAACUUCAUGGCAAUCAGAGAGCGAGAAGAUCUGUUGGGAUCUGUCAGAAAAGACAUUGAGACAUAUAAGAGUGGAUCAGGGGUGAAUAACAGACGGACAGAGCUUUUCCUGAAAGAACACGAACACCUGAGAAAACAGGGGAGAUCCAAUCACAAUUGGACAGCGCUAAAUACGGGUGCAAUCGGUAGGAAACAUACAGAUCGGUGGGAAGAUGAGGUAAAUUACAUGCGACUGUUCAAAAACUACUCACCUUUUGGUUAAUUACAUACCUGUUUGAGAGUAAAAGAAGCGUUUAUAGCCAGCUUUAUCAUGACAUUCAGUACUGGUAGAUGGAGGUUUUUGGUGUUACGCAGUACUUUAGUUUUGCAAUGUGUAGAUAUCACAUGAGUCAUGUCUUACUCCCAAAUACCGGGUUUAGGUAAAAAGCCAAAAUGCACAUAUAUUUUAGAUUUUAGUUUUGCCAGCAGUGUAGCAAGAGUAUCAUCCUAUUUAAUAUGGUGGUCUACUACUGCUCAGGUGAUUGAAAGCCAACUUGAGUUGUGUGGUAAACAUAAUAGGCUAAACGUAACCUUUCAAAUUGCGACAUAAUAUCUAUACAGAUGCAGCUGCAUCGAUACAUGCAUCGGCAAGGAGAACAUGAUGAUGUAUUGCCAUUUCAAUAUUUUGAACACAGCCUUAGACAGAUCCGUGUAUUGCAGUAGUGGGAGUAAAUAGCAUGUGGCCCAUUAGACUCUUAUCCUCCCAGCUGCUGCCAGCAUUCUAGCACUGCUGCUGUCUAACAGAGCAUGCAGGCUGAGAGAGAGACUUCACAGGUGUUGAGGGUGAAUUUACUAUCUCAUUUUUGCCUGUGUAAUCAAAAUUGGAGUUCUCUGAAGACCCAAAACAAUUUGUUUGGGAAUUGAGGACUUUCAUUCCCCUGAGGUUUCGCUGGCCCUGAGACUUUGUCAUCUAAUUUGACAGAGGAUGUGAUUUUGAGCCAGCAUAGAAUUUCAUUCCUAACCUACAGGCCUGUAGCACUGUUUCAGAGAGAAAAAUGGCAGUUGUAUGGGGAAGAGACAUUCCAGUAUAAAGUAAUGCAAGAAUUUCUCCUGAGGGAAAUUUUCAUUUAAACCAGAGAAUUAGCUUUUGUGAGCAAUAACUGCAGUGACAAGCCAUUAAUCCAUCUGUCAUGCUGCUUCCCAUAUUAUCAUUGUUUUAACACCUUUCUUUUUUCUUUCUUUUUUUCGC